AUGGCAAAAGCAUUUGAUAAGGUUAGUCACGUACGUCUUCUACAUCGUCUCAGAGAAUUUGGAUUCGGAGGAAAUCUCUUAAUGUGGUCUGAUUCUUACUUGAAAAAUCGCCGACAACAAACUGUUGUUCUCGGUGUAACAUCGACAGCACUACCAGUGACAUCCGGACUACUCCAAGGUUCCAUUCUUGGCCCGCUACUUUUCGUCUUAUAUACCAAUGAACUAUCCUCUUCCAUCGUGAAUUCGAACGUAGCUGCUUUCGCUGAUGACACUAAGAUUUUUAAAGUGAUUAACUCCAGGAGAGAUGCAAUGUUAUUACAAAAUGAUCUUCUCAACUUUAAUUCCUCCUCUCAUCCAAUGCUGGUCUGCAUCUUAACACAUCAAAAUGUAAAACCCUCCAGGUCACCAGGAAAUACAACAAAAUAG